GGGGGACCGGCCGCGCGCGCGGGGCGUCUCGUCCCAAUCCGGACGGGCGGGGGUGCGGACGCGGACGCGGCCCGCCGCGGAGUCGGUUUCUGCAAACGUGUGAAUGAACCAGAUACCAGACUCUGCCCCUGGGUGCCCUGUCUGAGGAGGCAUCUGCCCACCCACCUGCCACUGGCAUGCUCCACCAGCCUUCAGUCUGAGCUUGGCGGCCCCCGCCCCCACUCCCCGCCACCCUGCACUGCCCCGGCUCUCCCGAGGCCCCCACGCUGCAGUGUGGCCGGGCCCCCUCCCCACAGGGGCCACCCCUGCCGCCUGCCCCUGGUGCCCGGGGUGGUGGUGGCGGCGGCCCGGCCCGCAGGGCCAUGAAGCUUCAAGCUGUGAUGGAAACGCUCUUACAGCGACAGCAAAGAGCUCGCCAAGAGCUGGAGGCCCGGCAGCCUCCACCAGCCCAAUCUCCCUCCACUGGACCCCCAGCCAGAGCCCGGGCCACCCCAGAUGAGGACAGAGAGCCCGAGAAUGCCCGAAUGCAGCGGACACAGAUGGCUGCCCUGGCUGCAAUGCGGGCAGCUGCUGCAGGCCUGGGGCAUCCGUCCAGCCCUGGUGGCUUGGAGGACGGCCCCCCAGGCUCAGAGGAUGAGGACAUGACCCAAGAGGGGGCUCCAGGUUCCCCAGACCUGCCUGGCCGAGGCAGGGAGGGGCCAGGACACACAGAAGGAGACAGCCGCUUCGAGGAUGUGGGAUCAGAUGAUGAGGAAUUAAAGCCAAAGUGGGAGGAGGAAGAACUUGAGGAAGACCUGGGUGAGGAGGAUGAGGAUGAAGAGGAUGACUACGAGGAUGAGGAGGAUGAGGACGAGGAAGGACUGGGCCCCCCAGGCCCUGCUGGCCUGGGCUCUGCCGGCCUGUUUCCCCGCAAGGCCCAGCUGGCCCAGACCUUCCGUGGAGAUGGUGUAACGAGAGUGCUGGGUGGCCCGGAGCGGCCAGGGCCUGGCACUGCCCUUCCUGGAGGCGCUGCCCAUGUUGUACCCCAACUGCAGCCGCCAGACCACGGGGACUGGACGUACGAGGAGCAGUUCAAGCAGCUCUAUGAACUUGAUGGGGACCCCAAGAGGAAGGAGUUUCUGGAUGAUUUGUUCAGCUUCAUGCAGAAGCGAGGCACGCCCGUCAACCGGAUCCCCAUCAUGGCCAAGCAGGUGCUGGACCUGUUCAUGUUGUAUGUGCUGGUGACAGAGAAGGGCGGCCUUGUGGAGGUUAUCAACAAGAAGCUGUGGCGGGAGAUCACCAAAGGCCUCAACCUCCCUACCUCCAUCACCAGCGCUGCCUUCACCCUGCGCACCCAGUAUAUGAAGUAUCUAUACCCCUAUGAGUGUGAGAGGCGGGGCCUGAGUAGCCCCAACGAGCUCCAGGCUGCCAUCGACAGCAACCGAAGGGAGGGUCGGCGCCAGAGCUUUGGAGGCUCACUCUUUGCCUAUUCGCCUGGUGGGGCCCAUAGCAUGCUGUCCUCGCCCAAGAUUCCUGUGCCCUCCCUAGGUCUGGCUGCCAGCACCAAUGGCAGCUCCAUCACCCCAGCCCCCAAGAUCAAGAAAGAGGAGGAUUCAGCCCUUCCUAUCACAGUCCCGGGCCGCUUGCCUGUGUCCCUGGCAGGCCACCCCGUGGUGGCAGCUCAAGCAGCUGCUGUGCAAGCGGCAGCAGCCCAAGCAGCCGUGGCAGCCCAGGCUGCUGCCCUGGAGCAACUUCGGGAGAAACUGGAGUCUGGGGAGCCUCCUGAAAAGAAGAUGGCCCUGGUGGCAGAUGAACACCAGCGGCUCAUGCAGCGAGCCCUACAGCAGAACUUCCUGGCCAUGACAGCCCAGCUGCCCAUGAGCAUCCGUAUCAACAGCCAAGCAGCCUCUGAGAACCGCCAGGACUCUGCCAUGAGCCUGACCAGCACCAACGGCAGCAACAGUAUUAGCAUGUCGGUGGAGAUCAAUGGUAUCAUGUACACAGGAGUGCUCUUUGCCCAGCCACCGGCCCCCACACCGCCCUCAGCAGCCAGCAAAGGUGGUGGCAGUGGGGGUACAGGUAACAACAACACUGGCAGCAGAGGAGGAGCCAGCGGAAUCAGCAGCAACAGUGGGGGCAGCCAGGCGGGGCCCACGGGGCUGUCUGCGCCGCCCCCCACAUCCUCUACCUCAAAUAACGCCUUGCCUUAAUUUACCACAUCGCAUUGCUGCCCACCCAAUAGCUCCUUGGAAUCGCCCACGCCUCCUCCCCUCCCCCCUGCAGGAGGUGCCAAGCUCUUCCCCCCUCACAGGGUAGGGGGUCCUGGCAGCCAACCAUGGCAGGGGCCAGAAAGGCGAAAAUGCGGGUGGGGGAGGGUAGAGAUCCACAAUGGUGCCACAUUAACGCCAAAAAACAAAAAAAAAAAGAAAAGAAAGGAAAAAAAAGGAGAGGAAAAAAUAUAGAUAUAUAUACAUACAUACAUAUAUAUAUAAAUAUAAAUAUAAAGCAAAUUUAAUAAAACAGGGGAAAACCAAGGAACACUUGAAUUUGUAAGGUUUUGGACAUUCAGAAAAAUGGAUUGUGAGGACCACCACAAGAUAGGAGUGUCCCCCCCUCCCCGGGAGGGGGGUCUCACCCUGGGGUCCAAGUCAACCUAUUUAUUACCUCAUGCAUUGCUGUAGUGUGCAGAUCUCAGUUCUGCUGGGUUUUUAUUAUUUGUAUUUUAUCUUAUUUUUAUUCAUCACACAUUCACACCAGCUCCUUCCUUGCGUUGAAGGAAACCCCUGAGCCAUCGUCACAAAAAAAAAAACUUUUUCUUUUUUUUCUGUUGCUUUAGGAACUAUGAAUUUUCUUUUUCUCUAAAAAAAAAGAAAAGAAAAAAAAAAAGAAAUAGUGACACUCAAAAAAAAUCUAAGGAUUUUUUUUAAGAGGUUUUGGAGGGGGGUGGUUAGCUUUGUAAAUACUUAUUUUAUUCUGGGGGGUGGGGAAGUUUCAGACUUAGGAUAUCUAUAUAGUUCUAUAUCUAUAUAUUUGUGUUCUUUCAGGGAAUAUGGUCUUGGAAAAGGAAACAAAAAGGCAAAAAAAUCCAACCCAGUAAUAACCUGUUUAAUCUUUCCGGUAACUGGCUUGGGUUAUUUUGGGUGUGUGGGGGGGGUUCCCUGUGUGGCUGGCAAGCCUGGAACACUGGAUCUUGGCACUCAGGGGGCUGUGGCGAUCUCCAUGUCUUGCCUGCCAGCACUGUCUGCACACCUGGGUGUUGGACGUAGAAAGUUCUGGAAAAGGGUGUGUGAGGGAGGGCCUUGCCUGUCUCAGGGAUGAUCUGCUGGGCUGCUUUGGGGGACUAUCAAUAUGGGGGUGAUUGAGUGAAGCUAGGCCUAGCUCAGGGUGAGGAUUUUAGGGCCUCAGCCUUGCCGGCACCCCUACUUUCUCAUCUCCUUUCUCUUUCUGUCUUCUCCCUGCCCCUUUUUAGCAUGGGGUGGCCAGCUCCUGUGGCCUAGGGGACAGUCAUUAAAAGUGGCAGCAGCCUGGGACAGAAGGCCCCUGACCCCUCCAGGAGCUGCUGGGUCUUUCUGCCAGUGUCUCUGCCACGGUCCUCUGGUGCCAGCAAAGCAGCACGUGAUGGCUGCACUGCGUUUUGGUGUCUUGUGGCAGGGAGUCAACCUGGCUGUCCCUGGUGGCCCCAAGAUGUCUUAAUGGGGCCCCUGGGAGGCUGGCGUAAGGAGAAGCUGCUGCGGGAGUUUGGAGCCCUCAGAGCCCCUUUCUCUGGGGUGGGGGCGGGGCGUCCAUGGCCCCCAGCCCAACUUCUCUUUCUUAGUUCCCCCUCCCCACACACCCCUUACCAGGGAAGGGGCAGGGGCCCUUAUUUCUUUCUAAAUCUCAGGGUGAUCAAUACACUCCCCUCCCUUCAUUUCCAGGGGAGGGGAUGGUAGCCUCUUUUUGACUUUUCUUUCUGGAAGUUUCUGCCCUGCCCCAUGUAGGGAGGUGGGGGUGGGGGGGAAGGCGGGUGUCUUCGCAGCACAAUCAUUCCUGGAAAAUGGGUACUUUUGAUUCCCCAGACUCAGUCCUUUCCCUUCAGAGCUAUCUGAAUUCUGGCUGCAUUUGGUUGUGUGGCCAGGCUCUGCCCUUCCCGCCCAGGGUUUCAGCCGGGCUGUCCCUGUGCCUGCCAGGCUGGGGCACCUGGGGGGGUGGGGGUGGGGAAGGAAUGUCCUCUGCACAUUUCUGUCUACCUCAGGUCUUUUUUGAUGCCAAAAAACAAUACCAUGUUCUGCCUGCCUCCUCUCCCAUCCUCCAGCUCAUCUUCCCCCCUCCCCCUCCCCAAGAGGGACCAAGAGUCACCUCCAUCUCCACCCCCCCUCAUGGCAGUUGGAUAUCUCCCAGGUGGUCUUGGAGGGAUUGAUGGGGGGGGAUCCUGCCUGGGCAGAACUGGACCCCUAACUGGGGACCCUGAGCCUGUGGGUCAUAGUGUAGGACAGAUGGCUGAGGAGGGGGAAGGCUUUGCAGCUUGGGAAAUGAAGGGGGUCUGUGUGACCCCUGGGCUCUUCCAGAGGCCUCCCCCGUGGGUCUCCUACCCCAGCCAUCUCCCAUCCACCACCUACCCUGGGUUUAGAAAGGGGCAUAUUGAGGUGGGGGUGUCGUCAGCACCCCUUUAUGCAAAUGAUGGGAGAGGCCGGGCCUGUGCCCUGUACAUCUGGCACCAUGCAUGGAGUUUGAAAGGUGAUAGAGGGGAACUCCAAACUCAGGGCAAAGAGAGGCUGUGGAAAGGGGGGAUGGAGGGUGGGGCCACUAUCCUUGGAUAGGCUGUUUCCAGAAUGUUCCUUGUGGCCCUUUCUGCUGUCAUGGAGCUGGCUGACCAGCUGUGGGGAUGGCUGGGUUAGGUUUGUUUUUGUUUAUUUUUUUGAGUUGUGCAUUUUCUGUAUAGUCGCAUUUUCCCCCCUUUUAUUCUAUCGGCUUUGUUCCUCCCUCCCCCCAAUUUUGGCUUUUGCAUUUCCCCCCCCCCCUCUUUUGGCAAACAUGAAAACAGCCUUGUUCCAUUUUCAAAUCUGUGACAUUUCAGUUUCUCUGGGGCUUUGUCAGAAGGCGUGCCGACCACGCCCAAACUCAGGUAAAAGAAAAAUAAACUUAAAGAAAUAAAGGUUAUAAACUGCUCUCUACCUCCGGCUGGGCCUGCAGUCAUCCUGUGGAAGGACAGGGAGGCUGCUACAACUUCAGUUGUCCAGAACAUUCAGGUAUUAAAAGGAAAAAAAAAAAAAAAAAGGAAAAAAAAUUGAAAAGACCAAAAAAAAAAAAAAAAAAAGGUGCGAUUUUGAAAUUAAAAAAAAAAAACACUGAAAGUUUACAUUUUAUAACAUUAUUAUGCAGAUUGUAUUUAAAGCUCAGAAAUAUUUAAGACAAUUGUAACCCCUGUAAAGCUGAUGAGAUAUUAAAACCAGACAAAACACUUCUGACUUUAA